UGCAGCACGUUUGCUUAUUAGUUCAGCACUGAUCCUCUAGUCCUGCAGUUAAAACUGUCACUAGCUGCAUACUGAGAUACUUUUCGCAGCACAAACAGCUUCCUAUUAAAACAAAUCUAAAGUCAGGGAUCUUCAUCGCUGGUCAGUAAUAAUUAGGAGAUGAUGGCAAGAAGAUGCAGCACAGGACUGUUGGCGCUCUGUGUGUGCGCGGCCACAUUCAGCUACAUCUCUGCCUCUCCAGAGGUUUGCACCAAUUCCCUCCUGCCUGGAGCUAAAGGGGAUCAAGGUGAGGUCGGCGAGGAGGGGGAUCAGGGAAAACUGGGGAAGAAUGGACCACCAGGAUUUCCAGGAGUGCCAGGAGAGAAGGGACUUAGAGGACAGAUGGGCCACACAGGAAAAAUGGGACCUAUUGGAGACAAAGGUGACAAAGGUGAUACAGGUUUGGAUGGGCCUUCCGGUCUAAAAGGGAAACCAGGCACCACAUGUGACUGUGGCAGGUACAGAAAGGUGGUUGGACAGCUGGAUGUCAAUACAGGCAAGCUGAGGAAUGCUGUCAAGUUCAUGAAAAAUGUCAUCCUGGGGCUGAAGGAAACAGAGGAGAGGUACUACCUGCUGGUGAAGGAGCCUAAGAGGUUCAGGGAGGCUUCAAUGAACUGCAAGCUGAGAGGAGGUGCCCUGGCCAUGCCAAAAACCACCAACACCAACCGUCUCAUGGCAGACUAUGUCAGUCAGGCAGGACUGACAAGAGUUUACAUAGGAGUGCAGGCCCAAAGCAAGGACACGAAUGGAACAAGCAUGUAUGUCUAUGCAGACUCCAGCCCUUUGCAGGGAUUUGCUGGCUGGAGUCAAGAGGAGGAACUAAAUUCCAGAUUAUCUCCAACCACAAACUCCAGCUGUGUGGAGCUGCUCAGCACUGGAACAUGGGGUCAUGUUGAGUGUGAGGCCACCAUGUUUUUCAUCUGUGAGUUCCCAAAGAGCAGGAGAAGAGGAGGAGGAACAGUGGGAGGAGGAAGAGGGACACCUACUGCUGCAUCAUCAUGAGUAAAUGAGAUGAUUUAUGUAAUGCAUUGAUUACUUAUUAACAUUUUAUAACAUAAAACACGCUCGAACUAAAAAGAAAGAACUAAAUGAUAAUUAAAAUUGUUCUUGAUUAA